CGCGCAUUCUGGAGGCUCAAAUCAAGACUGCUUCCCAAAGCCAUCGAGUCAACUCUGGAAAGACACCGAAAACAUGGACAAGGAAUCAAAAGCCCUCUGGCGCAAGCUUUGGGUCGACGACCGAACGGUGUUCGCAGCAGGUGUGUACCUACUCCUGAUCGCAGCCGUCCUACGCCUGGUCCGAAUCUACCUCAUCCGCAACCGGCCCGGGCUCCGCAGCAUCCCAGGCCCAUUCCUAGCCAGCAUAUCCAACCUCGACCGCAUCUGGAGCUGCUUCUCAGGCCAGCAAAUGAACUACCACCUCGAGCUCCACGCCAGGUACGGCCCGCUCGUGCGCGUGGGGCCGAAACAUGUUUCCUUCUCCGACGGGCGCCUGAUCCCCACCGUGUACGGGUUCAACACGCGGUUCUGGAAGAGCGAGUUCUACGACAUGUUCCACCUGGACGGGGCGACGACCACGUUCUCGGAGCGCGACGAGCUGGCCCACCGGGAGAAGCGGCGGCCCGUCGCGGCCGCGUACUCGAUGAGCACGAUGAGGGAGCUCGAGCCGAUGAACGACGAGUGCUCGGCGAUCCUCACCGCGGAGCUGGACGCGCUGGUGGGGAGGGAGGUGGACUUUGGGGAGUGGUUACACUGGUAUGCGUUCGAUGUCAUCACGACCAUCGCCUUCUCGAACCGCCUCGGCUUCAUGGAGGCGCGCGGCGACGUGCAGGGGGUCAUCAACGCGUUGUCGACUAGGUUGAAGUACGUCACCACGGUUGGGCAGGCGCCGUACCUGCACAGGUAUCUGGCCGGGAACCCGCUGGUGAGCAAGGUCGCCAAAUUCUAUCGAGACACCGAAGCCGCGCCUCUCUAUUCGACCAAUUACUACAUAAGACGUAUCAUGAACAGUGUCAUCGGCCUUUUCCGUGACCCAGAAUCCCUCAACCCGACGGAGUACCUGAUAGGGUUCAUCACGCAACAGGUGCGGCGCCGCGAGAGCAAAGACCCGGGCACGAUGCAGUUCAAGGACCUCCUCGGCCGGAUCAAGCGCUUCAAGGACGGGGAGAAGGUGAUGGACGAGAAAGAGCUGAUGUCUCACGCCGCUGCUAACAUCCUAGCUGGCAGCGAUACCACGGCGUCGACCCUCAGGGCGCUUUUCUACUACUUGUGCCGCACCCCGGCGGCCCACGACAGGCUCCUCGCCGAGAUAGACGAGGCCGAGAGGAACGGCCGCCUGUCCGACCCGGUCACGUUCGAGGAGGCACAGCAGCUCAGGUACUUCCAGGCAGUCGUCAAGGAGGCCAUGCGCAUACAUCCUGCAGUCGGUCUGCUUCUUGAGCGCGUGGUGCCCAGAGACGGCGCAGACAUCGGUGGUGUUUGGUUGCCUGGCGGGACAGUAAUUGGAAUGAACCCAUGGGUUGCUGCUAGAGAUCCAUCGGUGUACGGGGAGGAUGCGUAUAGCUUCCGGCCGGAGCGGUGGCUGGAGGCAGACACUGCGCAACUGAAACUCAUGGAGAGGAACUUCCUCGCGGUGCGUAAAUCUUUCCUUGCCAGAAAAAUGGUCUUUGCUGAUGACUGUCUAGUUCGGGGGUGGAUCGAGAACAUGCCUGGGGAAGAAUGCCUCCCUCCUGGAAAUAUCCAAGGUGGUGCCAGAGCUGCUGAAAAGGUUCGAUUUUGA